CUUACUGGACAGCGUGAAUUAAAAACACACUGACACAGAUAAAAAAAACUGAAAACCAUGAAGGUUCCUUUGGUUCUUGCACUUGCUGUAUUUACAGGUUGCCAUGCUAACCUCUUCUAUGCUGAUGAGCCCAAGCCACAGCUGGAGCAGUUGACUGAUGCAUUUUGGAGCUAUGUUGCCAAGGCAACACACACCGCAGACGAAACCAUCCAGAUGAUCAGGACCUCCCAACUGGGUCAGGAAGUCAAUGCUAGACUAACACAGAGUGCUGACACGGCCAGCGAAUAUGCCAUCACACUCAAAAACCAGAUGAAUCCUCUGGCUGAAGAGUUAAUGACCAAAAUCACUAAGGAGACUGAAGUGUUGAGGGAGCGUUUGGGUCAGGAUCUGACCACAGUGAGAGACCAACUGGAGCCCUAUGCUGAUAAUCUCAAGAGCCAAAUUCAGCAGAGAGUGGAGGAUCUCAGAGCAGCCAUGGCUCCAUAUGCAGAGUCCCUGGAUUCUGAGACCCUGAAGGCCACUCUGCUCCAGAGAAGUGAGGAGCUGAGAGGGAGCCUGGAGCAGAGCGUGAAGGAGCUGCAGGCUCAACUGGAGCCCUACACUGCUGAAAUCAAAGAGAAGGUGGACCAGCGCCUGCAGGAGUUCCAGAAGACUGUGACCCCCCUGACUGAGGAUCUCCAGGCCAAGAUUGCUGAGAGAGCCCAGUUUGUCCAGCAGAGUCUCACACCCUAUGCUGAAGAUCUGAAGGAAAAGCUGGACCCCUACGCCCAGAACCUGAAGACCCAGCUCACCUCCCUCUAUGAGUCUUUCAUCAAGAGAAAUUAAAUUUAGCUAAAAUAGCACAGCUUUGUCACUUUAAAACCUUUCACCAGUUGCUGCUAAUGUAAUUGGAAAUUAGAUUUAUUUAAAUGUGGAUGGAUAUAUUUUCAAUGUAUGUAGUUAACAUUAAUAACUGCAGCUGAUCUUUGAAUUACCUAAAGUAUUUAUUAACACCAACGAAAUAAAACACGAAAGUCCAUGAAUGUGUCUCUAGAUUGACACUACAAGUUUGACAUAAUGUUUGAGAUCUUUUAAAUUAAACCAAAGAGAGGUAUUGUCAAAAUAAACAAGUAUUACAAAGGGGGCAAUUUGCUGGUUACAGAUUUUAACUUUGAAUUUGUUGUAAGUUCUACCUAUUUGGGCAUCGUUGUCUGUGUCAGUGACUUAGUUUUGUUUACUGUGAUGUUCUAAUUUUCAAAUAUAUGAGGAAGGUUAAAUUAUGUGAAACAUUGUCACUUAAUAAACAAAAAGCA